CCGCGACGAGACUCCUUCUCCUCGAACAGGAAGCGUGGGAUUGAGAGAUGCAAAAAGUGUUCCAGCACUUCCAGAAUUCUUGUUGAGUUCUUGUUCUUGAGAUUUGUUCACUAAGAGGUUUACAAACUUUAGAACACGCUACAAAAAUAAAAGGAAGAAAAAGCCAAAAAAUCUUUCCCCUUGACCUUGUACCCAUAAAAAUUUUGAUACAAUGAAUCACGAGGAUGAUGUGUAAAACUCUCUUUGCAGGCUCGUCAGAUGCACGAAAAGAGGAAUGAUAAUUGUGAUUACUAGGUACUUUUCAGGCUCAACAUCAGUACAAGGAGUAACAAGAGUAAUACAUCUUCGCGACACAGGAGACGAGAAAAAUUACAGCGUAUUGAAAAAGCUCAAGUUAUUUUUUCAGACUACCCCUUGAUCAAAUGAAAAUAGGACCCAUGUUCUUUGAUAUCAUUUAAAUACAGGUGUCAUUGACACUAGAAGGUACGGAUUUGAUGUUGCAAAGUAGAUUCUCAUCUAGUGCGGCGUUGAUUCAAGGUCGUUGUAGUUUGUCGUCGAGGUUCAGUAGCAGUUCUUCUAGAAAUUUGACUUCUUGUUGUGGUCGUAGCGUUUCGUAUUAUACAUCUAAUCAGCGUCCUCCUGCCCCAGCCUCUAUUUUUACAGUUGGUGGAACUACGUUUUCUAGUCAGUGUCGUUUCUUAUCUUCAAUACAGUCGUCUUCUUCGACAUUUCUACCAGCUGUAGUCUCGAAAUCAACAUCUUCUGGUGUUGGUUUGAGUCUUCCAAAGCAUAGUAGUUCUUUCUGUCUUCACAAAGGUUGUGGUAUUAAUUCCACAACAUCAGGUUCUUCAGUAGAACAAAACAAAAUAUUCGCGUCUUCUACACGUGCUGCGUUUCUCCCCCUUGGCGGCACGGCGGCCGCUGUUGUCCUGCAAAAACGCGGCUUUUUCAGUGCGUGGUGUAAAAGCAAGAGUCCAGAAGUUGUACAGUGUGAAGAAACGAAAAAAACGGGCAGUAUGGCUCAAUAUGAUUACGACUUUUUUGUCCUCGGAGGUGGAAGUGGUGGCUUAGCCGCAGCUAAGCGAGCAGGAGGGUUGGGAAAGAGGACAGCAGUCGCGGAUUACGUGGAACCAAGUCCGGCAGGAACAACAUGGGGCCUAGGAGGAACAUGCUUGAAUGUCGGGUACUGAUGUUACUGAGACAUUUAAAUGAGUUGCUUAUUGCUUGGUUUCUUUGGCGUUGCGUAGCUUCGAAGUUGAGCAAUCAUGGAGGGUAGGAUCAUUCGCAAAUAAGUCAAUAAAAUGCUUCCUGUUCUUGAUCCAAGAAGUACACCAAUCAACUGCUUCUUGUUUAGGUUUACUACAACUCCCCUCAAAAUUGAAUUUGAAACAAAGGUGCAUCCCCAAGAAGCUAUGUCAUUUCGCCGCACAAGCUCCGGAGUUUCAGCAGGACUUUGCCGCUUUGGGGUGGGAGUUUCAGGCCAAGCACAACUGGGAACAGAUGAUCCAGUCGAUUAACAAUUACAUCAAAGGCAGCAACUGGGGCAACAAGACAGACCUGAAACACAAGGACGUGAAGUACUACAAUUAAGGCUCAACUUUCAAUGGUCACCAUUUAGAUUGGAGUCACUGAGAUCGAAGAGGCGACCCCUUCUUGAGAGAACCAACAGGGGAAAACGAAGGGAAAGGGGAAAGCUUUGAAGGGGGUCCCUUCCGUUCAGAGUCAGUGACCCUUGAGUGCUGAGCUUUAAUACAACAAGUACGCAACGUUUGUGGAUGCGCAUACUAUUCAGUUGAGGGAUAAGAAAGGAGCAGUGGAGACGGUGACAGCAGAUAAGAUCAUGAUCUCGGUUGGUGGAAGACCGAACUACGGUGGUUAUCCUGGCGUCGAGGAGUGCUGCAUUUCAUCAGAUGAUAUUUUCUUAUGGUGGAAAGAUAAAGACUUAAUAAUUUUAACUUUAAAUAACUAAAGACUUACUUAAAUUAAUAAUUUUAACUUUAAACUAAAACUAUAAUAGUAUACAUCCACAGUAGCUGCGGGCGCGGGUGAUUGUGAUAGUUGUCAUGUUGAUGUUCUUUCGAAUGUGCUAUAUGAAAAAAUAUCAACGGCAUCUUCAUAUAACACCAGAGAAGUUUUGUUUUUUUUUUCAAAGACCAUUAACUCUUUGACCCUCCUCUAAUCCCUUGGCAAAAGAAGCCUCCAGGCAAGACCCUCGUCGUCGGCGCAUCAUACAUCGCGCUUGAGUGUGCGGGUUUUAUCGCGUCUUUGGGAUUUGAUACGACCGUUAUGGUGCGAAGUAUCUUGUUGCGUGGCUUCGACCGAGAUAUGGCAGAUAUGAUCGGCGGCUACAUGCAGGAUCAUGGAGUCAAGUUUGCGAACGGUAUUUGAUUCUAGAGGUAGUUUCAGAUUUUCAGGUGUUUCUUAAAAGUAAAAUAAUUCCACUACUAGUUGACACAGAAGAACUACAACCAGGAGUCGGAGUGAGAAGUUCUAAAGAGGAAAAGAACUGCACAUGAAGUAAUCGCACUCAACAUCCAUGGUCGGACUCUUCGACUCUUCACGAGAAUCAUUCCACAACAUUUUCCUUUACGUCAGGUAUGGUCCCCUCAAAGUUCGAGAAGAACGGGGAUAAGACCAAAGUAUUCGUCAACGAUGAAGAGUUUGGCGAGUAUGAUACCGUUUUGAUGGCCAUUGGGAGAACUGGAUUGGCGACAAAGUUGAAUUUGGAAGCUGCGGGAGUGAAGUAUUUAUAUUUAUGUUUAUGUUUGUGUUUGUCUUCCUCCCUGAUGUUUGAGGUUGUGUAAUCUAGGUUCAUCUUAGAAACUUUUUGAAGAAGAUGUUAAGGUUUACGUUGGAUGUUGAAAUUUUUGUAAUUCAUUACAGAAUCUGUAGACGUGUUUAUUAUUUCAAAGUUGUUAACAUUCUUGUUCAUCUUCCACCCAUAGAAUAUAAUCAAUAACUGAAAUCCACCCAUCUUCACCAGCUUCGACGCCAAGAACGGCAAAAUCCCUGUCGACUCCCUCGACAAAACCAACGUGGACAAUAUUUUUGCUAUUGGCGACAUCGCCUUAGGCAGAUUGGAGUUGACGCCAGUGGCCAUUCAGAGUGGGCGAUUGCUCGUAGAUCGAUUGUUCGACAACAGCAAAAAGCCUAUGGACUACCAGAAUGUGGCGACGACCGUUUUUACACCAAUCGAGUUCGGAACCGUUGGCUUGAGCGAAGAUGAUGCUAUUGGUACUGUCAUGGAUGAUUGGAAAUAUAAGUUCAAGGGUAGGAGCUUCAUGAUUGGUCCACCGUUUUAUUUAUUCACAAGAGGAUAAAUUAUUCUACCACUAGGUGGAACUACAGCUACACCGCUAAUGCGCUCUUGCAAAAUCAACUUUGCUCACACGACACGACCCAAAACUCAACAGCCCAAUACGGAAAGGAUAACCUCACGAUUUACCACGGCUAUUUCCACCCGCUGGAGUGGAGGUGUAACCACGAGCGACCGAAGGCAGCGUGCUACAUGAAGUACAUCUGCGACCCCGCGAAGGGGGAUAAAAUCAUCGGAAUGCACGUCUUAGGACCGAACUCGGGCGAAAUGAUUCAAGGUACUUUAAUGUGUCAACGUGCAUGAUCGCCAUGGCCAGCAUCUCGUAGCCCCCUUCAACAAGAAGGACCUCAAAUAGGGACGAUACUUACUAAACACAACUCCGAUUCAUCCCUUUCAACAAGAAUUAUAAGGAAAGAGGAAUUAUAGUACAAGAACAUUCAGCAGGAGUUCAUCUUCAUCUCAUUCUCUCACUCACUCUCCUCCUCUAACAAACCACACGCACUCACCUCUCCUCUCUCCUCCAACAAAGGUUUCGCCGUGGCCCUCAAAUGUGGCAUGACUCGCGAGAUGUUGAACGACACUGUAGGCAUCCACCCAACCUGUGCAGAAUCAAUGUGCGACUUGCAGGAGGUCAAAAAGGAAGGAAUCGUCCUCGACGGUCCCGCAGGAUGCUGAGGCUAAGCGAGCUUCUUGUUCUGUUUGUCUUCCUUAAGGCAAUGUAGAAUAGGAAGUGCGACUUAGAUGUUGUAGCUUUUUACUAACAAUUUGGUAGUUGAAGACGUAGGAGGACUGUACGUACAUAUUAUACGGAGUGCAUCUAGUUGUACCAUUUUUGUGGUACACGAAGAGCACGGCGAGAAGGCUCCGAUAGUGAUAUACUGUAUUUCUUGUCUUAAUCUACUGCUGACAACUCAACAAUUGUCGUCAUCAUGUGAAUGACAUCUCGUACAAGUACGUGAAAGUGCUUGUUGUAGUACUUAAUUUUUCAACUAAAACUAUCUUAUGAUUAUUAAUUCAACCAGUGUGCAGAAGACAUGAUUCCUAUAUUCAUCAAAUUCAAACAUAAUCAACAAGAACGAAUGAAGAUGAUGUGAUGAAUCUGAACUAAUUUCUUGUAGUACCCUACGUACCCCCUUCUUUUUGCCUUCUCGUUAAUUAUUAUAUCUACUCCCCGUAGAGAAACGACGAGGCACGAGGACAUUAGUCUAUAUCAGCAUAGGCUACCUCUGUUUAGGAUUUUUUGAUACCUUUCAUCCGGACUCUAUUUUUUUCUUAAUUCUACGGCUAUUUGACGUGUUUCUUCGUUAUUUAGGCCCUUCGUUCAUCUUCUAUCACUCGUGUCUAUGAUACAGACCUUGGCUCACUACUACAAAUGGCCAUGUGUGACGUUCGAGAUGACAUGCAGAUACUAACCUGUAUCUGGCUGUCUAUAUUAAUCGAACUGAUUUUUGGCGAGAAUGAUCUGGAUUUGGAUACGUAAGCAAAGAACAAAAACCUGACUGCGAAGACGACAUGAUACAACAAUUGGUUGAAGAACAAGGUAGGCGGUUACCUGAUAAAUAUUACGAACGUUCUUUGCGAUGAACAUGAGAUUGAGAAAAUUCCCAAUACCCAC